GGGACUCUAUUCCCCAGCAAGCUUAGGGUGCAGCGUGCGCUAUGGACCCGCAGGUCGCAGGGCUGAAGCAGAAGAUUGAGGACACAUUGUGCCCUUUCGGCUUCGAGGUUUACCCUUUCCAGGUGAUCAAGAAUUCUCUGCUACUCUAUUCUAAACACUGUCAAAUUCAGAUGAGUCCUCCAUUAACAUGCAUCACAGAGCAUCAGGAGAAAUUCAUUGGGUGGCCUGGUACAAUGCACUCCUGCCUCCAGCCUUUCACCUGCCCCUACCAGGACCUACCCUGGCCUUCCUGGUUCUCAGCACACCUGCCAUGUUUGACCGGGCCCUCAAACCCUUCCUGCAGCAAUGCCACCUCCGACCACUGACUGACCCUGUGGACCAGUGCGUGGCCUACCACCUGGGCCGUGUUAGAGAGAGCCUCACAGGGGUGCAAGUGGAAAUCAUCACAGACUACGAGGUACACCCCAAUCGGCGCCCCAAGAUUCUGGCCCAGACAGCAGCCCAUGUGGCAGGGGCUGCUUACUACUACCAACGACGGGAUGUGGAAUCUGACCCCUGGGGAGCCCAGCACAUUUCGGGUGUGUGCAUACACCCCCGCUUUGGGGGCUGGUUUGCCAUCCGGGGAGUGGUCCUGCUGCCAGGAACAGAGGUGCCCAGUCUGCUACCCACAAAGCCCCUGGACUGCAUACCUGCUAGAGCUGACCGCAUCACUCUGCUUGAAGGCUUUAAUUUCCAUUGGCGUGACUGGACUUACCGGGAUGCUGUUCCACCCCAGGAGCGCUACUCAGAAGAGCAGAAGGUGUACUUUUCCACUCCACCUGCCCAGCGCUUAGCCUUACUGGGCUUGGCCCAGCCCUCAGAGGAGCCUAUCUCUGCAUCCCCUCAACUUCCUUUCACCACACUCACACCCAAGCCUAAGAAUCCCAGCAGAGGCCGGGGUUGGCUCAGCCCCAGGGUCUCACCACCUGCCUCCCCUGGCCCUUGAAUACCCUCCCUCCUCCCCUCCCCUUUGAGAUCCCUAUUUAUGACAGUAGUACUUGCUAGGACUUUGGCAAGGUUUUAUUUUGGGUAUAAGAUGAUUAUUUUUGACUUACAAAAAUUAUAGUAGAAAUCUUCAGUGAAGAUUACAAAGCUCAGAGACAUCUGGUCAAGACAACCAGAAAUCAAAGAUGAAGGCAGAUUCAUAAUUCCUACCUGCCUUGGAGUAUGGCUACUAUCUGUUAACCAUUUUUCUGCAAUACUACAAGAUGAUACUUAUAGGGCCUCAGGAGCAGUCAUCCCCUAAAUAACGGUACAUGCCUUUCAGCGUUGUGAGGAUUGAAUAAAUACAUAUGAAGCAGG